UGACAUGAAGACAAGACAUGACAGUAGACGGACAAAUGACAGAAAUUCUUGUAUUAUCAUGAAAAUUAAAUUAAAGCGCACUCGACGCGUCUAUAAUGUGGUUUUUAACUUAUAUUAGUUACUUUGCAAUAGUAGUGCAAUUGAUAUUUAUUACAAUAGCAAUAGCCGCUGGCCUUUACUACCUUGCGGAAUUGGUGGAGGAAUACUCCAGCGUCGCAAAAAAAUGUAUAUGGUGGACAAACACCAUUGUGACUGUUCUCUAUGUCCUCCUCUGGCUCUUUGAAAAUUUCCCGACGUUCAUGAUUGUGUUUGGAAUUUUAGCGCAAAUAUCACACUUUUUCAUACUGAGACAUUUCCCAUCGGUAUCUUUGACGUCGCCCGAAUUUAUUGCCUCUGUGGUUCUCCUUGUCCUUAACCAUUAUUUCGCGUUCCAGUACUUUGCAGAGGUGCACUAUGUGUUUUCAGAAGUAAUGGCUUACUUCGUGUUGUGGUUGUGGCUGGUUCCAUUUGCUUUAUUCGUAUCCCUAUCGGCAAAUGAUAGUGUUUUACCUACAGUAACUGAGCACAGUGAUGGCGACGUUGUAUCCAAUUAUUUCUCGAAAAAGAGAAAGUAUGGGUUACUUACAUUUUUCAAUUACGCAAAAGAGUCGUUACUUCCUCUUAGGACAAAGAAAGUUUUUUGAUAUUACCCACCGACUGAUAAUAAAUGUAGUUGAAAUGUUGGUCACCAAUGUUACGUAAUUUAUUAUAUGAACAUUGUUAUAAUUCUUUGUAAUAUAGCGUUGUUAUUAUUUUA